AUGCCUAAGUCUGAUCACGGAGAGAGUGUCAGACCUGAAGAUGAGCUCUUUAAAGGAUCGAAAUCUUUUGUGGAGCUCAAAAGUUGGCCAAAAACUCCCGAGGCUCACCAACCUCCGCCUCCGGAUCAACCGAAGCCCCUAAAAUUGAACGACAUUGGUAAGCGAAAGUGUUCAGGAACAUUCCCUUCAUGUGAUAGAUGCCAAAAAUUGGGCAAAUCGUGCUCUUACACUCUUUUGCGGCCUUUGACUGAGAUCGAGGCCUUGGAAAAAUUCUACGACACCAUCGAUUCGGAAAGCAAUAAGACAGCCGUUGAACUACUUUGCCAAAGAACAAUUGAGCGAGACUUCCCCUUUGUCGCUGGAAACUUUCUUGAUCCACAAUUUUUGAUCAAAUUAACAACGGGAAAAGUGUCAUUGUCUCUAGUUAAAGCUGUUGUAGGUAUGUCACUCGAUAUGGUUGUUCCUGAGCAGCUACUCGUAGAAUUCAAAAACCAUUGGUACUCGAGACACCUGUCCGAAACACUUCUUGCUUCCGGGGAGAUGAAGCUUGAAGACUUUCAAGCCCUGCUGAUUAAUAUCGUCUGGGGAUGCUCGACUAGUUCUCAGAAAUACUUUUUCCUGAUUCCCAUACUCUCAAGAAUGGCUUACGGACUUAUUCUCAACCGCGAGCUUGACUGGAUAAAAGACAUUUCUGAGAAAGAAAGACGACGGCGUAUGGUAUGGAAUGUUUUUGUUCUUGAUCGGAUGUUUUCAGCAGGAGUGCCCGAAUUCAUGUCUUGCGAUUUGAGACUGUUAACAAUUCAGCCUCCUACUUAUAAUCUAGAGGCUAUGGGAACGCUAGUUAGCGAGUCCCCGUUCCAUACCCACCUGCCACCCUAUCACCAUCCAUUCAAUUUGUUUUCUCUCGCUGUUCAUUUGUCACAAUUGAGAUACAACACUUUAAAUUGUGUCAAAUUGGUGGAAAAACAACACAAAAAAUGGUGGGGAGAGGACUCCUCAACUAAAUCCGUCCUCCACGAUAUAGAGCUUACGGUUGAACUAUUGCCUGUUCAUUUACAAUAUAGCAUCGAGAACGUUUCCAGGAUGAAGAAUGAUGAGGAAAAGAUUUUCUUCAUCAACCUACACCUGUUGCUACUCCAGAUCCGUUGUGACGUGCACAGGCCGGUACUUUACCAUCUCCUGUACAACCGCACGAUCCCUAACUCAGACGAAAUACCACCCGGCAAAAUACAGGCUGUACAUGAGGAAUGUAUGAAUCAUGCUUUGCAUGUGUCCAAAAUCGCUCAGGAAAAUAGACGUCUUAUCGCGGAUGCAUACAACACGGUGUCAAUGGCGUUUUCACUUUUGGAGGCAUCCCGCUUGAUGAUGUACAAUGUUUCUCCCAAUCCGUAUCAGACUCAUGCACAUUUUUCAGAGACGCUAAAAAACCACAUAAAUGCCAACAUUGAAAUCAUCAAUGGCUCAAGAUGGGCAGAUCCAUUGACAAUUAAUAUUUUUGUCCAGGACCUUCAGAAUGCUUCACAGAACCUGGGCAUCCGUUACGGCAACUCAAAAAAAAACGUCCUCCUGCUUUCAGAAUUGCACCCCGCCCACGCACUUACUGAAGCUGCGUCACCUGCUGGGGACAUGACGGCAGAUGUGGGGUCACCCGCUCUGGCUGAAUUAAAUUGGCCGUUUAAUUUUCCUCAUAACGAACUGUUGCCAUUCUUUUAG